CAUGAAGUGGCUGUUACUUUAGGAUACACUGUUGACCCAUCCACCAUGCUUGCAUACAUGUCUGCACUCAACUUGUACCUCAAUUUCUGCUGUCUUCACCACCUCCCGUUUCAGUCUACCACCGAUACAUUCGCCAAAUACAUAGUGUUUAUGCAAACCUACAUUCACCCAAAGUCAAUCACAUCCUACUUGUCAGGCAUAUGCAACCAGCUUGAACAUCUCUACCCUGAGGUCUGCGUAAUCCAGAUGCACCCCUUCAUUGUCAGGCCGCUCUCGCAAGAGCAUCUCCAACUUGCGGCUGACUUGCUUUAUCCCCAAGACUCCUAUGAUGACAGUUUGUUCCUUGCACAGCUACUCAUUGGGUUUUACGCUCUCAUGUGCACCAGCAAACUCAUGGUGCCUGAUCAGCACAGCCUCCUCAACCACUGCAAACUGUCUAUGCGCAACACCAUUACCGUCUCAGCCUCAAUCAUCACUUUUAACCUCCCCCAACACAAGGCCAAUAAAACCUUUGAAGGCAACAAAAUUAUCAUGUUGGCGUCUACCCUCCAGCCAACGCCGCACGAUGCCUUCCUUGCUUACCUCAAAAAGCAUGACACACAGUGGCCAUUUAAGCCCCAUUUAUGGGUCCGGGAGAACAGCUCCCUCCCAACCCGCACCUGGUUUAUGCACCGCCUGCAUGACCUCUUCCCACUUUCCAUCGCCAGUCACCCACUCCGCUCAGGGGGUGCUACAGCGAUGGCGGAGGACGGCAUCCCCGCUGAACGGAUCCAGGCAGUUGGCUAA